AUGUCCAACUUGACCGACACUUUCAACCCCCCAGGGGCACCCUCGCCUCUAAGCGCAUGCCUACAAGAGCUAAAGAAGAUCCGGGAAUUACUCAAAGAAACGAAACUUGGUCUCCCCCGCAUACUUCGCAAUCUUGAAGCCACCACUCACCGUGGACUGCAGGACCGCUACUGGAGGUUGGAAGCCAUGAGAGACAAAGCGGCCAUACUUCGAGCUCAGAAUUCAACCGGUCUUCACGAAAUCUGCAAGAAGCUUUGGGACAUGUAA